AUGAAUGACUUAGAAAGAGAAACACCUUUCAAUUCUCUACAAACCCCACACGUACCACCCAACCCAAGAGGCAAGGAUGUUGCUCGGAAACUAAUUUUCCGAUCAACCCCAUCGACGCCUGAAGGAGAAAUUAUGGAGGGAAUAUUGGAAGACAUCCUUGAACUGGACGAAGUGGGACCUCCAGCCCCUGCAGGUGCCGUUUUGGUGGGAGGCAGCUUCGGCGACUUGUCUCCAGUGGGGGAUACUGCAAAACAAGCCGUUGUCGUUCACCAAAUUCAAAAGAAAAUAGGAGAUGAAGAAAUUGAGUUUCUUCUAGAAGACCCCAACGCAUUCUCAAGCAUUUCAAAAUUGCAAGAAUAUAAAAUAGAAUUCGUAAACGAGCGGAUCACAGAGCUCAACAAAAAAGUUCUGUGCCUUGAAGAAGAGAACACUCAGCUAAAGAUAGCUAUUGCAAAAGAAGCAGAUUCUUCCUUAGCAAAAACUGAAGCCAUCAAGAAUUCUGAUGCAGUUCUUGGGGCAGAAAAAGAUUUUAUUUCGUCUUUAAGGAACAAGACCAACUCGCAGGAGAUCAAGAUACGAACCAUGGAAAAGACACUGGAAGAAAAUGAAGUAUCUAUAAGAUUUUUAGAAGGCAAUGUCAUUUGUCUCCGCGAUGAAAUAAAGCAAGCCCAACAUACCAAGGAAGAACAGAGAGUGGUUUUGCAACAUCAAAUAAACCUGCUUAAUAAUGAAAUAAACAGGCUCACAAAUUCUAUAAGCGACGAGAGGACUUGCACACUCAAUUUUGUUCUGCAAAAGAUGGGUUACGCGGCUGCCGACAUUUUAGCCUUGCUUGCUCAUAUUAGAGAAUUGAACAACAAGGUCCAAGCCUUAUCUGGAAACUCUUCUCAAUUUGCCCCCGACCCUCGCCUUCCAACUUCCCACCACUAAUGGAUAGUUUAUAAACAUUUAUUUUCUUUGAAUUUGUUAACUGCAUUUUAAUAUGAAAAUAAACAAAUUUGGUUAC